GACUGGCCAGAGUUGCUUGACCACCCUUUCUGGGCACAAGUACUAAUGGAGGAAGAGGGUGGAGAGGGAGAAAAGGAAGAUGAGGAGAAAGAGGUGGAUCAGGAGGAAACAAUUAGCUGUGAGGGGGUUGUUUCAACUAGCGUGAGACACACAGGGAUUUGUGCCCCUUUCCCUCCAGAACUUGCGGACAAGCUUCCAGACAGCCAUUCUGAUUCAGUCAUCACCCAGCCAGCCCAUAGGAUCUCUAAGAAACUGAACUCUUUACAGAUAACAACUGCAACAGCCUGCAGACCAUCCGACAGAAGAACUGAUUUCCAACAAGCUGUCAGACACACAACCUGUGGAGCCUCAAGGAACAGCAAGGGCUCGGAGAGAGGAAGAGAGGAGAAGGCAAAGGCAGACGAUGACCCUGAGCUAACUGGGGCACAGCAGAUGUGCCUCACACUGCAGCCUAAUAAAUCCUUCACACUAGAUAAGGUGUCAGAUCUCAAGCCAAAGAGUGGUUUGGAUGUGGACCACACUGGAGCCAUUUUUCUGCUCAGCUCCUGUGCCACCUCAAGGAGAAGCUGCAGUAUCUCAGACCCUCCCAAUCAGACCGCUGCACUUCAGGCUAGUACUGGUACUGAGAUCACAUUUGGUGUGAAAGCUCUUCUUCACACUGACUCUGAUCUGACUGUGACCCAACUCCUGGACAACCCCAAGAUUCUUAAAAGUCCUCCUGUGCGAUAUGAUCCCAAAAGCCUUUGUGUACCAGCAUAUUCAGUUGAGAAGCUGCAGUCCCUGAGUGAUGAAGAGUGGACUGUCCUCCUUUUACAGUUUAGUUCAUCGCUGGAAGAACAGCACCCCUCCACUGCUCCAUCUCCUCAUUCCACAGCCACACGCUCCAGACUCAACCUGCUGUGCUACCUCUGCUGUGUCGUUGGACACAAAGCUAUUGCUAACAGACUGAUAAACUCAAAACUGCUUCCAGUAUUGACUCACCAUUUACGACAAGCUCCCAACUGGGAUGUACGGAGCAAAGUUCUCAGAGUGAUGGGUCUACUGGCUCUGCACUGUACUGAACUAAGAGAGGACAGCCCUGUUUCUGAGGUCUGGAAUGUACACACAC